GAAUAGCCCUCCUGGCUCCGAAAUUGGAAAUGUCCAGUGCUGUCUGAUGACAGCGACUUUUAUAUCUUUGACAUCGUGGAAGGAUGUCUGCCCAUCUCUCAUUUUCAGUGGCAGGAGACGUCUGUGAGUCAACGAUAUAUCAAGUGCAAGCGCUACACCACAACAAGAUUCUCCCAACACUUUAACAUCAACAAACAGCUCCUCCCAGUCUUCGCUGUUAUGGUAGGAAAUGACAAUGUCUAUUUUGGCAUCACGUGGGAGGACAAUGAAGACAAGCCGCGUGUGGGAAGCAAAGUAAGACAAGCCGAAGAGAGAUUUCCUACCUUGGAACGCAUCCUGAAAUGGCUGGCCAGCGUCCAGGAGAAAAAGAAGGCCUUGGAGUUAAUGCCCAGUCUUAUUGGAGACAAGAAUGCUGACGUCGUCUCUAGGGGCAUGAUAGACUAUGAUAUUCCAGAGACUCUACCCAGUUACCUGGAGGGGUUCUUCAGCAAUGACGUGGCGCCUGGCCUCGACUGUCUCCCAACGCCUCUGAGGGUCCUGCCAGAUUGGACCCUGCUGCUGUUGAUGAAGGGUAAGCUUCCCUCCCGCAUUGUGAACGUGCUGCUGCAUAAGAGGGUGAUGCAGAGUGCUCAAGUGGAAAAUCACGCCUUGGUCAGUGGGAACACCACCUCUCAGUUCAUACGGCAGGUACUCUAUGGGCUGCUGCUGCUUGGGAGCUCCCCAGUGAAGGAGCAUGACAGGAAAGGCAAGAACCUCAGAACCGAUGGGAGGAAGGCGGACCCGAGCAGUCAAAAGGUCUCAGAGGUGAAAGAGUAUGACAGGGAAGGCACGGAGCUGACAUACAGAAUGGUUAAAGCCAUCCUGCCCAGUGCUGCACAACACCUGCAGCUAGACACGCUGGAUAAGGCUCCACAUUCAGUGCGGCUUGAGGUGUUUUUGGAAACCCUUCGGUGUGUCCCAGUCCACUUUGAAUGGUAUCCCACCUCAUCUGGAACUUCCUGUGGCUGUUACCUACUACUGGCUGAGGCACGCCCAUCCCCAACCAGACCGUCCUCUCCUGCAGGCCCUGCUACUAGGACUGGUCUAUGGAGAGUUCUGCAGAGAGAGGAAGUGCCAGGGAGUGGAGGCCGAGGGACCCGUGUUGGAGAGGCUGAGAGAGCUGACUCAGAAUCCUGUAGGAGCUGAUUUAAACCUGGGUGUGGCCCACGCCUAUAGCCAAUGGCAGUGCUGCCUGAGGGAGGGCCUUAACCUGAACCAACUGCUGUGCUUCCCUCUAACUGAGCCUCAGUGUGCCUGGCUGUACAGGGGCACUCUGGUGCACCAGCUUGUGGACCAACUGAGACGGGGGGUGAACCCGGAUUCUCUUCUGAUGGAAGUCCUUUCCUCUAUGGAGCUUUACCAAGUCAUGCUGGAUAACCUGAAGGAUUGUUAUGAAGGUACUGGAAGAAAGGAGGAGGCCAAUGAAGAGGGUUGGACGCAAGUCAGGAGGUAGGAAGAGGUAGGGGUGGGAAUAGGCACCACUACGUACAGUACAAGUCAAAAGUUUGGACACACCUGCUCAUUGAAGGGUUUUUCUUUAUUUUUACUACUUUCUACAUUGUAGAAUAAUAGUGCAGACAUCAAAACAAUGAAAUAACACAUAUGGAAUCAUGUAGUAACCAAUUCUUUUUUAAACAAAUCAAAAUAUAUUUUAUAUUUGCGAUUCUUCAAAGUAGCCACCCUUUGCCUUGAUGACACUAACAAAAUGUCCCCAGUUGGUGUUUUAUUUUGUUUACUAUUGUUGUGGGGACUUCUGGUUCCCAUAAGUAUAGUUAAACACGUUCACACGCAGACACACCGACACACACCACACACACACACCACACACACACACCACACACACACACCACACACACACACCACACACACAGACACACACACAGACACACACCACAUGCACCAGACACACAGUGCAAAAGAAGAGUCAGCUAGCCUCUGCUCUCAUUGCUGCAUGAUGAAAGUGGCCCAAGCCUCUGAGAAGUCUGCUAAUGAUAACGAUGUGGAGGCUCUCUCUCUCUCUCUCUAUCUCCCUC